UCUUUGGCUUUCGAUCUUUUCGCGUCCACCAUCCACUCAAUUUACUCGUGUUCAACGAUGCACAUGUUGUUUUGUUCUGUUGUUUGUUUCAAUGUUUCUCAAUAUCAUGUACUAUGACUUGACAAAUGAAGCCAAAUCAACUGGCAGACCUAGUCUAUCAUUUGGUUCGCUUUAUAUAACACCACAACAAAUCAUUAUUGGCAUGAUUGUUGAACUUUUUGGAUUGAUUCCAAGUUUGUUACUCGUGCAACUAUUCCGACGUACUCGGCCCCGUCAACAGCAACAAUCUCCAUUACGUCAAGCUCUAUCUAAAGCUAAUGAAAACAUUGAAAACAGUGUCGAUUGUCCGAAGAAGAACAGGAAGGGAACAUUGAUGUUUCCAUGGUGGUGCAUAUUUAUUGCGUAUGGUUUAUGUAUCUUGUUGAUUGGCGUGUCGAUUCUGUUUAUUAUUGCUCGCGGUAUUGAAUUUGGUGAUGAAAAAACACAGAAAUGGCUAACGUCCAUUCUCAGUGGUUUCUUCUCGUCGCUUCUACUCACUCAGCCAUUAAAAAUUGUAUCAUUAGCCAUUGUUUUUGCUUGCUUUUGUCGAAAGUCAAACGAUGAUCAAGAAGUAAACGAAUUGCUAGAUGAUGAUUACGCCGAACUGAAACCCGACGAAGAAUAUCUGCAUUCAACAAAGAAGAAAUCUCUAUUCACUCUCCGAUCUGCAAGUCGUGCUCAUCGUUUAAAUGAAGAAGAGAUCGUUUACCUUCGUCAUCAACGUCUGAAACACAUGCAAAUGUGGGCCAUCAUUCGGGAAGUUGUGUUAUAUUUAUGUUUUAUAUCAUUUCUCUACGUGGUCAUUUAUUCUAAUCGUGAUGUGAAUGCAUUUCAGCAAGUAGAUCAUUUACGAAAGUAUUUUCUCAACACAAGACAAUCGAAUUUCGAUUACACUAAAAUUUCAACGAUUGAUCAAUACUGGAGCUGGUUAGAGAACAGUUUUGUUAAUCAACUUCGUGCACAAGAAUGGUACAAUGGUGAUCCACCCCGGAAUCUCACUGGUUAUAUUGAUGAUAAAUCGAAUCGACUGAUCGGAUGGGCGACGAUGAGACAGUUGCGAGUGAAAGCAGCGUCAUGUCAAAUGCAACACCCUAUUUAUUCUACCUGUGAAUAUGAUUACAGUUUCUCACAAGAAGACAAACGUUCUUACGCACCCGGAUGGACAAAUCAAACAACACAAGUGUACAAUGCUUUCAUCCAAAAAGCGUUUACCUAUCAAUCCGGUGAUGAGUUGGACACAUAUGUGUAUGUUGGAGAUUAUGCAAGUUAUGCAAGUGGUGGUUAUGUGUAUGAAUAUCGUGGUCGAUCGAGUGAUCUACAGAGUAAUCUUUCUCAACUUCAUCAACUUGGAUGGAUCGAUGAUCAGACUCGAGCGGUGAUCAUUCAAUUGACUUUGUACAACCCGAAUGUUCAGUUAUUCACAGCUGUCACUGUUCUCGCUGAGUUUUUUUCAUCAAGUGGAGUGUUAACGAGUUCUCGUUUCGAACCGAUUAAUUUAUAUGCAUUCACAUCAGCUUAUCAAUUAGUAUGUACUAUUGUUUACAUGCUAUUGAUUUGCUACUUCAUGUGGAUCGAAAUUCGUUUGCUAUUUGAAUUGAGAUUAAAAUAUUUCCAUCGAUUUUGGUCUUAUGUUCAAGUUGGCAUCAUCACUUGUUCAUGGACAAGUGUUGGCAUUUACAUUUGGCGAUGCAAAGAAAGUCAACGCAUCGGUGAAUUAUUCUCGAAAACCAAUGGUUAUGUUUAUAUUAAUCUACAAUUUGCAUCGUAUAUCAACGACGUUCUAUCAAAUCUACUGAGCUUUUGUUGCUUUUUUGGAACAGUUCAGUUGAUAAAACUAUGUCGAUAUAAUCAGCGUCUUUGUUUAUUCAUUCAUACCCUUCAAUAUUCGGCCAAAGAGCUAUUAUCAUUUUCGUUUAUGUUCGCCGUUGUGUUCAUGUCAUUCGUUUGCUUAUUUUAUCUGUUGUUCAUAGCAAAAUUACCGGAAUGCUCGAGUUUAUUGGGAACAGCACAAAUGUUGUUCGAAAUGACCUUGAUGAAGUUCGACGCAUAUCAGUUGAGUGGAGCAGCCGCAUUUCUCGGUCCGUUUUGCUUCAGUUUAUUUGUUAUAUUCGUCGUAUUCAUCUGUCUGAGUAUGUUUUUGUCAAUUAUUGGCGACAAUUUUCGUCGUGUGCGAGCGAAUCUGAACGGGAAAACGAAUGGAAUGUUUGACUUUAUGUUCGAAACAUUUCAACGAUGGGCAGGUUUGAGAACGGUAACCGAAGAAGAUAUAUAUAGUGAAAGAGACGCACGAAUGCGUGAAGAGUAUUAUGACCCGAUUGAACGAUUUCCUGAUAAAAUGGAUAAAUUAUUGGAAGCAUUAAAUCGAAUUUACAUGAAUCAAACAGUUGAAGGAUCAGUCAUAAAACAUACAAAACCUUAA